UGGCCUUGCUUUGUUUUCUUUACAUAGAGAAACAAAACAAAACAAAAGCAAAAGAUACAGAGAAGACUCUGGGAUUUUGGCUUAGAUUUCGUCUCUCCUCCUAUAAAACAAAACACACCUCCCACAUUUCAAUUCACAAAACAUCAUUAGUGCAUUCGUUUCCAAUCAUUGACAUGCUUCCUUGCUCCAUCUGAACAAGCAAACAUGGGCGAUGAAAGUAACAACAACAACAACAACAGCAGCAAUUGGUUGGGAUUCUCUCUCUCAGCUCCAAGCAUGGACGACAACCACCACUCCUCCUCUAACGCCGUCUCCACUCCCGCCCCAAUCAACUUUUCCUUCAACUACCCCGGUUUCUGCUACGGCGACAACCCCAGCUUCUACUCCCACUUAACCGUCAUGCCUCUCAAAUCCGACGGCUCCCUUUGCUUGAUGGAAGCCAUCAACCGAUCCCAGCCACAAGCUCCGAAGCUGGAGGAUUUCUUCGGAGUGGGCCAUCCCCAUCACUACCAAGGAGGAAUGGCGCUGAGCCUCGACAGCAUGUAUUACCACCACACCAACACUCAACCCACCGCCAACACCACCGGCACCGAUUUCCUCAGCUCUCUCCAGGAAUAUCCACUUUACUACGCGCCGCCUCCGCCGACGCCGCACAAGGAGCCUGACCACCCUUCUCCGCCCGACCAAAUAUCUGGCGGAGAGGCCUACAACGAGCUGCAGACUCUCAGCCUUUCCAUGAGCCCCGGCUCACAGUCCAGCUGCAUCACCGCCCCUGUUGUCGUAGCUGACGCAGUCACCUACGACAACAAGAAAAGAGGCCAGGACAAAGUCGAUCAGAAGCAGAUCGUUCACCGCAAAUCCAUCGACACAUUCGGCCAGAGAACCAGUCAAUACAGAGGCGUCACCAGACAUCGAUGGACUGGGAGAUACGAAGCUCAUUUAUGGGACAACAGUUGCAAGAAAGAAGGCCAGAGCAGAAAGGGAAGGCAAGUUUACCUUGGAGGGUAUGAUAUGGAAGAAAAAGCGGCCCGGGCUUAUGAUUUGGCCGCACUCAAGUACUGGGGACCGUCCACACACAUCAAUUUUCCGUUGGAGAAUUACCAACAGGAGCUGGAAGAAAUGAAGAACAUGAGCCGGCAGGAAUACGUCGCUCAUCUCCGGAGGAAAAGCAGUGGCUUCUCUCGGGGAGCUUCCAUAUACAGAGGAGUCACAAGCAGACAUCAUCAACACGGCCGCUGGCAAGCCCGCAUCGGCCGCGUUGCCGGCAACAAGGAUCUCUAUCUCGGCACAUUCAGUACGCAGGAGGAGGCUGCGGAGGCGUACGACGUCGCGGCCAUCAAGUUCAGAGGCGUGAACGCGGUGACGAACUUCGACAUCACGCGCUACGACGUGGAGAGGAUCAUGGAGAGCAACGGCCUUCUUCCCGGGGAAAUGGCGCGACGGAACAAAGAGGUUGUCGUCGUCGCAGCCUCUUCUUCGAACGACAUUAAUGCGGAGCCGGUUGUUGUGGCGAAGGAGUGUGAGUGGAGAGUGGCGCUGCCUAAUGGCAUGGGCGAGGCGGGGAAGAUGUCCGCGCCCUCGUCCCUUGCCAGCUCGAGGGAGGGCAGCCCGGACCGGAACAAUGUGCUUCCCAUCCAAUUUCCUGCCCUGCCUAGCAAGUUUUUCCCAUGCCCCACGGGGGGCGAGGGCGCGGCCGCGUGGAUCCCUGCGGCCGGCCCAAUGCGGGCCCAGGUGCCUCUCUUCUCCGCAUGGGCUGCGGAUGUUUAGUGACACAUUUUCCUUGUUGGGAUGGAUGUGUUUUGCUUGUACAAAAAGGAGAUAUUAUUACAAGGCAAAUUAAGGGGUGGUUUGGUUUGAUUUGAUGUAGGAUUAAUGUUGUUAGCAAUUUGUGUAGGAAGGUCCAAACUUUUUCCAGUAAAUCGGUUUGGACAGCUUUGAAUGAAAUUAAUGGGCUUUUUAUGAAUGAUGAUUAGAUUUAA